AUGACGACAGACCAGCCAGUGAUCAGCCUGCGCCCCGGCGGCGGCGGCGGCGGCGGCGGGCCCCGCGGCGGCCGCCUCUUCGCCCCCGCCUUCGCGGUCGCCGCCUCCGGCUCCGGCGACUUCCUCCGCCCGCACGGCGGCGGCGCCUCCGGCGUCUCCAGGAUUGGUGACUUGCAUUCUGAGUCACGUGAGCGUGUUCGUUAUUCGAGAGAUCAACUUCUUGACCUGCGCAAGAUUACUGAUGUGACCGAGCAAAUCUUGAGGCUUCAGCAGGAAAUUGAAGCAGAGCUUCAUGGUGACGAUCAGAGCUGGGUUCGCAACGAUUCAAAUGUGCAAUUGCAGACACAGACACAGACACAAGUACAAGCUCAAAACCGGUUUACUGAGACAGAUAAUCGUGACUGGCGUGCACGCACAGAGAAACCUCCAGCACCGGCAGUUCCAGAAGAGAAGUCUUGGGACAACAUUCGUGAGGUUAAAGAACAGUACAAUGCAAGUGGCAGGCAGCAAGAGCAGUUUAACAGGCAAGAUCAAUCGAGCUCCCAGAAAGCUCAGGUUGGCCCACCUCCUGCUCUUAUCAAGGCUGAUGUACCUUGGUCAGCCCGAAGAGGCAAUCUCUCGGAGAAAGACAGAGUCCUGAAAACAGUGAAAGGUAUACUAAACAAACUGACGCCAGAGAAAUUUGAUCUACUCAAGGGCCAACUGCUAGAUUCUGGAAUUACUACUGCUGAUAUUUUGAAGGAUGUUAUCUCUCUCAUAUUUGAGAAGGCUGUUUUUGAACCGACAUUCUGUCCGAUGUAUGCCCAACUUUGUUCUGAACUCAAUGACAACCUCCCGACAUUCCCUUCUGAAGAACCAGGCGGUAAAGAGAUUACAUUCAAACGUGUGCUGUUGAACAAUUGUCAGGAAGCUUUUGAAGGUGCUGACAGCCUGAGGGUUGAGAUUGCAAGUUUGACUGGCCCUGACCAAGAGAUGGAGAAAAGGGACAAAGAAAGGAUCUUCAAACUUAGAACGCUUGGAAAUAUUCGUCUAAUUGGUGAGCUACUCAAGCAAAAGAUGGUUCCUGAGAAGAUAGUUCAUCACAUUGUCAAGGAGCUACUGGGGUCUGAUAAAAAGGCUUGCCCUGAUGAGGAACAUGUCGAAGCAAUUUGUCAGUUCUUCAAUACGAUUGGUAAACAGCUUGAUGAGAACCCAAAGUCUCGCCGAAUCAAUGAUACCUACUUCGUCCAGAUUAGGGAGCUAGUAGCGAACCCUCAGUUGACCCCACGUUCCAAGUUCAUGGUCCGGGAUUUGAUUGAUCUCCGUUCUAACAACUGGGUUCCUCGCCGUGCUGAGAUUAAGGCGAAGACAAUCAGCGAGAUCCACACAGAGGCUGAAAAGAACCUUGGAUUACGUCCAGGGGCCACAGCGAACAUGAGGAAUGGCCGUAAUGCACCAGGUGGGCCUCUUUCGCCUGGAGGUUUUUCAGUGAACCGGCCAGGAACAGGAGGUAUGAUGCCUGGGAUGCCUGGAUCUAGAAAAAUGCCUGGGAUGCCUGGUUUAGAUAAUGAUAACUGGGAAGUUCAGCGUUCUAGAUCAAUGCCAAGAGGCGAUCCGCUUCGCAACCAGGGUUCGUUGAUUAAUAAGGUUUCAUCUAUUAACAAGCCAUCACCCAUCAACCCCAGGCUUCUUCCUCAAGGCACUGGAGCACUGAUUGGCAAGAGUGCACUCUUGGGCACCGGUGGUCCACCAUCCCGCCCUUCCAGCAUUACGGCUAGCCCCACUCCUUUACCAGCUCAAACUACAGCAUCACCAAAACCAUCAAGUGCAACUCCAGCUUCUGUACCUAUUCCUGACAAAGCAGCCAGUUCUGCCAAGGUGAUCCCUGCAGGGCUUGAGAAGAAGACAGCAUCUCUUCUUGAGGAGUAUUUUGGUAUCCGUAUUUUGGAUGAAGCACAACAGUGUAUCGAGGAGCUGCAGAGUCCUGAUUACCACCCUGAGAUUGUUAAAGAAGCUAUCAAUCUUGCUCUGGAUAAAGGUGCCAGUUUUGUUGACCCUCUUGUUAAGCUUCUGGAGCAUCUGUACACCAAGAAAACUUUCAAGACUGAAGAUCUGGAAAAUGGUUGCUUGCUAUAUGGGUCGCUGUUGGAAGAUAUUGGUAUUGACCUUCCUAAAGCCCCAACGCAAUUUGGUGAGGUGAUUGCUCGUCUGAUUCUGUCGUGUGGCCUGAGAUUUGAAGCCGUGGAGGGGAUUCUAAAGGCAAUGGAGGACACCUUCUUCCGCAAAGCAAUAUUCACCUCCGUGACGAAAACCCUAGAAGCAGACCCAGCAGGCCAGGCCAUAUUGAGCUCACAUGCUGCAGUAGUCGACGCAUGCAACAGCCUCUCGAUAUAA